GCGAGGUGGCUGGAGACGCCGCAGGGAAGGGAACUGGAGUCCGCGCUCGCUAGCCGCGGCCGAGGGAGCCUUGGCGCCGGGGCCACAGGGGGCCGCUGUGCCUGAGAGGUAGCUGGGGACCGUAACUCCACGAUCCGCCCGGAGGUGAGAAAAAACACAAUUUUGGGGGCUGUGUGGCUUUGUGCAACAAAUGCUCAUAAAGGAAGGACAGACGAUCCUUAGCAGGCAUUUUUCAGCAAGCAUCUAGCCAACUGAUGUAACAAUGGUACUAAUACUGGGCCGCAGACUAAACAGAGAGGAUCUUGGGGUGCGUGAUUCCCCAGCAAUUAAGCGUAAAGUGUUUGAAAUGGACCCCAAAUCUCUCACAGGCCAUGAGUUUUUUGACUUUAAUUCAGGAUCAUCCCAUGCUGAAAACAUACUCCAGAUAUUUAAUGAGUUCCGAGAUAGUCGCUUGUUCACUGACGUCAUCAUUUGUGUGGAAGGGAAGGAGUUCCCAUGCCAUCGGGCCAUCCUCUCAGCAUGUAGCAGCUAUUUCAGAGCCAUGUUUUGUAACGAUCAUAGAGAAAGCCGAGAGAUGCUGGUGGAGAUCAAUGGCAUUUUGGCUGAAGCAAUGGAUUGUUUUCUGCAGUACGUUUAUACUGGAAAGGUCAAAAUCACUACUGAGAAUGUCCAAUAUCUCUUUGAGACGUCCAGUCUCUUUCAGAUCAGUGCCCUGCGUAAUGCCUGUGCCAAGUUCUUGGAGAAACAACUGGAUCCUUGCAACUGCCUUGGGAUCCAGCGCUUUGCUGACACACACUCCCUGAAGACCCUCUUCACCAAAUGCCGGAAUUUUGCCCUGCAGAUGUUUGAGGAUGUGUCCCAACACGAGGAGUUCCUGGAGCUUGGCAAAGACGAGCUCAUCGAUUACAUUGGUAGUGAUGAACUGGUGAUUGGCAAGGAAGAAAUGGUUUUUGAAGCCGUCAUGCGUUGGGUGUAUCGGGCAGUUGACCUGAGGAGGCCAUUGUUGCAGGAACUUCUGACCCACGUGAGACUCCCUCUCCUACAUCCCAACUACUUUGUGCAAACUGUUGAAGUGGACCAAUUAAUCCAGAAUUCUCCUGACUGUUAUCAGUUACUACACGAAGCCAGACGGUACCACAUCCUUGGAAAUGAGAUGAUGUCACCAAGAACAAGGCCACGAAGAUCAACUGGCUUCUCAGAAGUGAUUGUGGUUGUUGGAGGGUGUGAGCGAGUUGGGGGCUUUAAUCUUCCAUACACUGAGUGCUACGAUCCUGUUACUGGCGAGUGGAAAUCUUUGGCCAAGCUGCCAGAAUUUACCAAGUCGGAAUAUGCUGUGUGUGCCCUGAGGAAUGACAUUCUUGUCUCAGGUGGAAGAAUCAACAGCCGUGAUGUCUGGAUUUAUAACUCGCAGCUUAACAUUUGGAUCCGAGUUGCUUCUCUCAAUAAGGGCAGAUGGCGCCACAAAAUGGCUGUCCUCCUUGGCAAGGUCUACGUUGUUGGAGGCUAUGACGGUCAAAACAGGCUCAGCAGUGUGGAAUGUUAUGAUUCAUUUUCAAAUCGUUGGACUGAAGUGGCUCCUCUCAAAGAAGCUGUGAGCUCUCCUGCAGUGGCAAGCUGUGUUGGCAAAUUGUUUGUGAUUGGCGGAGGGCCUGAUGAUAACACAUGCUCAGAUAAGGUUCAAUCUUAUGACCCUGAAACCAACUCUUGGUUACUUCGUGCCACCAUCCCCAUUGCCAAGAGAUGCAUAACAGCUGUGUCCUUAAAUAACCUAAUCUAUGUUGCUGGUGGACUCACCAAGACCAUCUACUGUUAUGACCCAGUUGAAGAUUAUUGGAUGCAUGUACAGAAUACAUUCAGCCGUCAGGAAAACUGUGGAAUGUCAGUGUGUAAUGGCAAAAUCUAUAUCCUGGGGGGAAGAGGAGAAAAUGGAGAAGCAACAGACACAAUCCUUUGUUAUGAUCCUGCGACCAGCAUCAUCACUGGGGUGGCUGCCAUGCCUCGGCCAGUGUCCUAUCAUGGCUGUGUGACUAUUCACAGAUACAAUGAAAAGUGCUUUAAACUGUAAAGCCAGGAAGGUACAGAGAGGUAGCUGCCGCCUCCGCUGCUGCUUCUGUCACAAACGGGAAUGUUUUCAGAGGCCCCAAACAGACGCUCAAGGUUUUUGGGUUUUGGUUUUUACAUGUUAUGUGCAAACAAAAGAGUUUCUGUGCCUGCCUGACCUGGGCCAGUGCCCAUUUCCAAGCUGUAAAUAGUAAAAUGUCCAAAGCCUUACUAGUAGUUAACAGUCUUUCUCUGACUUCUGGUAACAAUGAUCUGAUCAAGGGUUCCUUCUCUUAUACAAAGGGAGCCUUUCAAGGGAGGUAACCUUUACAGGUAUUGGUAGGGCUGUGUAGACUGGCAUAUAUCACCUGACUGCCUGCCUACACAGCUUUGCACCAUUUGUCUCUUCAUUCUAAGUCUGUUCUUAGACUAUAUAUGCCUAUGACAUUCAUUCUAGAGGAAAGCUAUGUACAGCUUCUCUGUUCAGCUUGGCUACAUCGUCUCACCCAGAGCUUAAACCAUCUUUUAAAAAUCUUGUGUCACAAGAAAGUAGGUUUGAAGUGAAAAGUUGUAGCAAUGGAAUUUUUUCUCUCUCUUAUGGAUGUUAAUUUAGUUAUUGGUUCUUUCAGUUCGAUAUGUGCCUGAGACGCAGCACCAUGGCAAUUGUGAUCAAAUACUGCUCUUAAGUAAUAGGCUAAUUCAUUUGGAAAGUAUGAAACCCUUUUAAGGAAAAGAGCAUGAUUCCUCACAUUAAGGAGAGGUAUAGUAAGUGGUUCUUGGAUUGGACUAAAUGUUAAGCGUCUGGGAGAGACCCUGGAGGCUUUUGCCCAGCAUUGUAACCAGAGUAGCUGCUUAUUUCCCUGAAUCAGGCCCACGUGGUGAAGAACCUCUUUCAUCUCAAUGGGUGCCUUUGUUUGGUGAGGAUCCAGCUUCUGAUUGGAGGAAUUCAGGGAUCUCAGUGAGAUCUCCAUUAGCUCUAAAGCAUUGCCACUCCCACCAAGGGGAAAACCCCUUUUUAGAGUUUGAAUUCAGGGACCAUGAACAAACUGAAAAAAGACCUUCCACCUUGAUUUAAAGGUCAAUAUCACUUCCACCAGUGAGAAAUGUCAGGCUCAAGAAAAAGCCAGUCCCUCCUGCUCUUCAUUCUUUUCCCACUAGCUUUCACUGAAGGAGAUUGGUUGCAUUGUUCUUCUGGGGCACAUCAAAGGAUCUCUGUUACAAGUGAUUCUUUAUUAUUUCUGUGUCAGUGUAACUUAGCUCCACAAACCUGAGAUGAUGUGGAGGUAUGUUAUGUCCAUGAUGAUACCUGUAGAGUUAUUAUCAGAAAGCCUAGAACUGCAGGACUGUUUCAAUUAUUAUUUUAGGAUUUGUUUUCCAAAAACCUAGUCUUUCAUACUUAGCUAGAAACUGAAUCCCAUGCAUCUUUUUGCUAUUCAAAGGAAACUUAGCGAAAGCGUUAGAAUAAAGACAACCCAAACAAAAAGACCCUUCCUUGGAAAUCUAUUAGUAAGAUGCUUCUUGGCUCACAGCUUCAAAAAGGCAUUCAGGAGCAUAAGAAAACUUAAGUGUGAAACAGUUUCUUCGCCCGAGUUAAAGCAAGAACCAUUUAAGCUAAAAUUAGGGGAUAAAUGUACCCUCAUUUUGUGGCGAAGAAUUUUGCUUGUACUAAACCGCUGUAUAAUUUCUUGUGUACAUAUUAUUGUCUAAGAUAACAAUACAGGGAUUCCUUUGUAUUUUUAUGUGUAUUUGUAAAAUAGUGCCCACCUGUAAAUAAAGGCACUUGAUACAGAAAUGUUUUUCUCCAGAUAAAUGACUUCUGUGGUCUCACCUUUUUUUUCUUUUGUGUAUGACCAGUUUACUUGGAUUUUGUUACUAUCGUGCAUUCAUUUUUAAAAUAUCUGUGCGCCACCUGUUAUAAUAAACAUGACACGAUGUUCUAAGGAGCGAGGUAGAUCUUCAAGCUCCAGCCAGUGUGUGCUUUCUUUCUCCUUGAUCAAUGCCUGAAACUACGUAAUAACAAAUCAUUUUCCAAAUUAGUAAUCAAAAGAUCAUUAAAAAUGGGUAUUCCCAGUGAAUUUAGGUGGCGUUGGGGUUUUAAGCUAAAGUGACCCAACUGAUCUUUGAAAUUUCCUUGAAUUCUGGGCCAUCCUCACUUAUUGGAACUGAUUUGCUAUAGAGAAUUACUGCAUGUUGGUAUAGACAUUCAGAGUGCCGUUAGAAUAAAAGCAAAGGUGGCGAUUGUACUAUCAUCAUGCUAUUGAGGAUUUUUUGGUAGCUGUUGGUCUUGUGGAAUGAGAUGGCAUCUGUCAUGCUCAAAGAAAGGCAGGCAAAUUUAGCCUAGACCUUAAUUGAAUAAAAUGGAAGAGGAUGUGUUUGCUUGUUGGAGCUUAUUUUUACUUGGACAAUUUUGAAACUCUCUUCCACGGGAAUUAUCUGUUAUGUGAAAGGGAGGUAUUGAUUGACCACCUUUAUAACAGAAACAUUUUCCAUUUACAUCUGCUAGGUUAAGCCUGUUGGGAGGAGGAGUGCUCAAGAGUGAGCCCUUAGUGCUGUCUUCUGCUUAGUCAGUUGUGCUACUCGGAAGGAAGGAAUCUAGUGGGUUUGUUUUCUGUAUCAAUAGAGAAAAGAUCCUUUAAAUGCUGGCCUUUCUUCCCUAGGUGUCAGAGAAGGAAAGACUUCUGUGCUCUCUACCACUAAAGAGAAUCAUUAGGUCUGUUAAGAGUGUCUAACUCCUCUCAUUGGUGUCACUGAAGGGUCCUACUUGCCAUUUCCAGGAACUAUCCCCCACUUUACACAGGCAUAGAAUGACGGGCUUUUGGAUCUCCAGAAGGCCGAACCUAAAAGUUCAGAUACAUCACAAGAAUUUGGAGGAUUUUUUGGCUUUGUUUUUAAGAAAAAGAAAUACUUGAAGAGGAAAUGAAUUCGUCACCUUCCAAUUUGGGCUUUUGUCUCUAGUUAGGUACUCUCAGUCAUAAUUCUAGGCUCUGAGGCAUAUAGGGAAAGGGGGCUUUACCCCCAUAGUGGCUUAACAUUCGUUCUUGUCUCUUAAAAAAGAGAAAAUGUUUUACUGAUUGGUGCAUUCUAUUCUACUAGCAAGCCAUCAUUCACCCGUCUAUCUCUACUGUCAAAUGCCCAAUGAAACUCAGGAAAUGAUGCCAAAAGUUCCUUGACUUUUGAUCAUCUACAUACCAGGUUUUUUUUUUAUUGUCUGAAAAUGACAAUAGAUAAUAAAAUUUUGCUGUGAGGGCCCAGGCCAAGGACCAGGCCCAUGUUUUUGUUUUGUCCUAACUCAUGAGAAAGUAGAGAUGGAAUAGUUUGGGGUGUGCAUGAGAAAGCAGCUUGAGGUUCAUCUGUGCAAGAAGCAUCUUUUACCUCAGACAAUGUUCUCAGAGAAACAUAAUCUGCUGUCUGUGCAGUCCGACAGGAAUCUAUUAAAGGGCAUCUGUGGACUGCCCUGAUUUGUGAAAAGGCAAAGUAUCAGCCGCUGUCUUUAGCAAGAGUUAACAUCACUCACUGUACAGCAGCCCUUUAGGGAUUUGUUAGUUUAGAAGUAUUUUAAACCAAUCCAUUGGAAAUCAAGUUCAUGUUCUCUCACCUCAUUAGUCUUUUAGUUAGAUAAAUGAAUUCAGUAGGUACUGUAAUUACCGUAGGGGCUCUUUGGCCCAAAGACAGCAGUUUUGACUAACUGAAUUAAUGUGUCACUUCAGAAUGCUGGGUGCCAGAGACCAUAUGAGCCAGGAGUGUGUGAAUCCAUCAAUAAUUCCAAAAAAGCUAGCAGAAUAGUUUACCUUUUCCUCAUCAGACUUUAGCCAAUAUUUUUGAAGUGUGGGGAUUUUUUUUUUUUUUUUGGUAUGAAUGUUUUUCAUUUUGUGUAAUUACCAGGAUACUUUAGUGCUGAGGGAUGGUCAAGUGAUAAAUGAUGAAAAUGACAGUGACAAGUGUGUAGUAAUUUAUUUUGCAUUCUUGUUCCAAAGAGACUAAGCUCCACAAGGGGCAGAGACUUUGUCAUUUUCUUGUCUGUGUGUCUCCAACACCUAGCAUGGUGCCUUGCACAUAGUAGGCGCUUAAUAAAUGUCUGUCCGAAUUGAAUUUUUGUGUUUCAGAAAUAAUUGUGCCUGAAUUUGCUGGAUGUGCCUAAAUGUUUUUUAGUGUUGUUUCAAAUGCUGUACCCUCAAGCGACAGCGCAGUAAUCGCUUUAGAUAAAUGUCCUAGAUGUUUCUGUAGUGCAGAUAUGGUUUCCCCACCUUUUAAUUUGUGUAGUGAAUACUAGGCAAAAUGGAACAAAAUUUGAUCACUUUAAAAUGGCGAUCAUUACUUUCUUUUAAGCUUUGGCCUAAGGCUUGUGAUUUAUUUACCUUUAUAUCCUGCAUUUUCCAUAAUCUUCAAAGAUAUUAAUUGGUCACAUCUUUGUUCCAGGGAUUCCUUCAAUUGUGUAGUAAGCAAUAGUAUAACAAUUGCUUGACAAGAGUACCAAGGGUGGUUUUAUUUCUCUUCUGUCUUCAGACCAAGGUGCUCAUUAUGACACUCAGAUAACCUCUUAACCUUCUUUGAACAUACUGUUAAACUUCAGUUGAAAUACAUACAGAUUAUAUACUUGCAUAUCAAGAAAUUGCCUCCACAAAGUUCCUUUUUGCAAUCCUGCUAUCCUUUAGCACCAUUCCCCAUCUCCCCAACUAGGGUGUUUCUUUUCAUUUUUCUUGGAAGCUGUUACUUUUUGCCAAUUUUAUUCGCAGAAAAUUAAAAACUGUUGCGCUAAUUCUUUUUUAGGAGCUAACUGGUUAAAACAAAUUAUUGAAUUGGACCCAAGUGCAGCUCUGCCAGGAGUCCAGAGCAGUAAUGGCCAUUUUUAUUUGUUGUCAGUUCUGAGCUCCAGGUUGACGUCACAUUGCGAAAGAUAACCUUGUAUUUUGUUGUCUUUAAGGUUCUGUUGUAGCCCAUCAGUACUUGUGUUCUAUUUAAGUGUACUUGCAAAGUUUUCUUCAAAUUUAAAAAACAUGUAUCUAAUAAAUUUAUCUUUUAACUUC